AUGUAUCAGGGUGGCCAACGACAUGUCUCGAACAACGAUCCGACCCGGCCUUUCCAGGUACCGCCGCCGCCGCCGCCAAUAUCUUCGCCUCCCAUGAACGGGCCGCAAAUGGGCAGCAUGAUGAACGUCCCCCCGCCGCCGCCACGAUAUCCUCCUGCGCCGCCUGGAACUGCGCCCGGCGUCAUGAUACCCCCGCCGCCGGGACCGCCGCCAGGCCCUCCUCUUGUUCAGCAGCAACAGCAACAACAGCCGACAUGGCAUGGUAACUACGGUCGAAUGUAUGACGGUCGUGGCGGCUUCAAUCUGCCCCCGCCGCCCCCGACACCAGGACAGCACCAACCUUACAACCCGAAGAUGCAUGCACAGAUGGCCGCCCGACAACAUGCCAUGGCAAUGCCCCCGCCUCCACCUCCGAGCGACGCGAUGAGCGCAACAUAUAUACCCAGUGCCAAUUCUUAUGGUGAGGGAGUCGGUAUUCCGGGCUUUGGCGGCGACGAUCACUUGCCCCCAGACUCGUCCCAGGGACUGACAGUCUCGGACAAUGGCACUUCCACAGGACACGAUGAUCCUCGAGGCCAACAAUAUAUGCCUGCGACAACACAUUCUAGAGGGCUCACCAGUGGCUCAGGCAUGUCAGGUGCUGCUGCCGGACUCAUUUCUCCAGAGCUGGCUGAGCAGUGGCCAUUGGACACGGUGCUCAUCUGGCUGGCGCAAAACAUGUUCUCCAGAGAAUGGCAGGAGACAUUUCGAGCGCUGCAUCUAUGUGGACAGCAAUUCCUCGAGCUCGGCAACCCGCAUGGGCUGCGCGGAAACCACAGCAUGAUGCAUCAGCAAGUUUAUCCCCAGCUUGCGCGCGAGUGCACCCAAAAUGGUGUUCCAUGGAACCAGCAGGCUGAACGCGAUGAGGGAAAGCGUAUGCGGCGCUUAAUUCGAAGCAUUGUAACAGGCAAACCUGUGGAACUAUCCAAGUCGCAUGGCCGACAAGACUCUACCAACAGUGGACAGAGCGCUACCAUCCCAAGCGCCGGCACCGACCCGGCUGAUUCCCCAAACACGCCUCUGAAUCCGCCUGGGCCGGGCUUUGCUGCCAGGCGAUUUUCCCAGACAAGAGCAACCACGAUGCCCACCUUGAAUACCUCAACAAUGUCUAGCUCCGAGAGCGGCCACCGUCUUGCACUCAAAAUGUCCGAAAGCGACACAGGGCGGCAGGGAACCUCGGUUAUGAAGAGCACAAUAAGCGAAGGGGCACUGUAUCGUGGUACAGCCCAACGCUCUGACAGUCCGACUACAGGUGGAAGUCCUGUUCCACAGCAGAAAAUGUUUACAUCUGCCCCUCUGACCGCGUCUCCCAACUCUACCAAGUUUGGCCACCGCUCAAGGCACAGUACUGAUUCCCUCUCGUCGAAUGCUGCCAUUUACGGAUCUGGUAUUCCAGCCGAUGCAGCAAACAUGUUUAAGGGCGGAAUGAGUAUCGCGGAUAUUGUGGGCAGCCGCACCUUGGACGGUCGCGCCAGCUUCUCCCCCAAUGAAUCCGGCGAUCGCUCUGCAGGUACAGAGCCUGGAUCCGCGAAAGAUUCCAAGAGCUUUCUCAGCUUCAUGCAUCGCAAAAAGAAGCAGCGUGACGAGAGUGGUAUGCCGUCCCCAGAAGACGGCGAUUAUCCAAAUUCGCCCAACGGAGCUACCAAGGCGACAGCACUCGGCAUUCGUGAAGCACAUGCCAGUGAUGCGAACCUCGAUCAUGGCAGCCCAACAAAAUCCACUCGAGUAUUCGUGCUGGCAACGUUUGACUCGUGGAACUUUCGAAUGUGUGAUAUUACCCGUGCUGAAUCAGCGUCAGACAUCAAGCGGGCGAUUUGCGUGGGCCUUGGAAUCAACGACUCGGGAAAUGCCCGGCUGUUUGCAACGGAACUCGGACAGUUUGAACACAAAGAAGAGUUGAGUGAUGAUCGAAUUGUUUCUUCCAAGGAAGCGCAGCCCAAACAACUCACAACGUUGAAGUUCUUUGUGGAUCUCAAUGGACGUGGUAAUAACAAUGCAGAAACUGGAGCUGGCCUACCUUCACAAAAUUCCUUGGCACCCGGCAUGGACGAGGAAGCGUACGCGAAGCUUAAUGGCUCCCGCCAACGAUCCAUAUCCUCGCCACCGACAUCGAGAUCUAAUACGAUAUCGGAAAAUAGAAUCGACGAGAAGACCCUUGCACAAGAAGCCAGCGAGUACCGGGCCGAAAUGGAGCGCAAACAGCGCGAAUAUCUCGAGAAACGAAAGCAAGCCAAUAAGAAAGGAAGCACGCCCAACACUCCGGAACUAGGAAAUGGAUUCGGCAUCAUUGGGCGGAAUGUCGACUUUGACCAACCCCGCGACUCUCCGUUUGAGGACAGGAAACCUUCUGAGCAUCUCUUCCCCCAGAGGAAACCACCGGCACCACCAAGCGACCCUUCAGCAACACUGCUCAAAGCGAAUUCUCUCAAAAAGCCAGGACACGGCAAGCGAAGCUCUACUACUGGCUCGGAUGGAUUCCCAAGCCCCAGGCGUAUUGUUACCUCUAAUAGCGACGGUCCGGAUGGAUUCAAGAGCCGCCAGGCUAGUGUACAACCACUGGAUGGAUCCGAAGGCAUCGGUAGCGCUUUGGCAGGAAUCGGUCGCCGUAUGGGUGCUGUUGGGCAGUCGAGCGCGAACGCUCCACGGUCCGUCUCUAGUAUGGCUAACUUGCAGUCGGGUAGCUCUGCUGGUGGUCUUCAACGCUCAGGUAAGAAGGGUUCGCCGAGUGGUCAAGUGAAGGAAUCGGGGUCAGAGGGGGCUCAGGCCAACGGCAGCUCGCGUAAAAUGACGUGGAGCUCCGGAAACCUGUCAUUUGCCGUACCUGACUACUCACCUGGCGGAACCCUCAUGCCAAUGCCUAAGUCUGACCCAGCUGAUGAUAAACUACCUGGUGUAGGGAUGCAACCACCGUCGUCUUCGGAACUAAGCCCAAGCACUCUCCUGCCAAAGCGGUUCAACUUUGACACUGUACCUGACAGCCUCCAACAACGCAACAGCAACGACUUCCGCAGGAGCUCGGAAGUCAGCUUUGCGACGCCGGCGGCACCAAAACGUCCUACCCCAGCAAAUAAUGAUAGCGAUGACUCGGAUGACGGCCUAUUCCAGAUCCCCCUUGCCGGCCGUGAGAAAGGAAAGGGCAAAAGCAAGGCUGGGACUAGUCACAAGCGACCGAGCAUCAUUGUCAAUACGCAACGGCCUAAGAGCAAGGUGGUGUCCGUUUCAUUCCAGUCACCUCAGGCAAGCACCGCUACAGAGAGCCUUGACGACAGCAGAAGUGGCACCAGCUCAUGGCGCACACCCACGACGCCGGGGUCAACCAACUUUGAUGCCGAUGAUAAAGUGUCUCGGCGCAAAUCAUUCAUUGAAAAGGACGUCUGGGCCAACCGUCCUCCUACCGAUGCGUUACUGAACAACCUCGAUGAUUUCUUCCCAAACCUGGAUCUUGACGAGCCUGUACUAGAAGACAGCGUAGGAAAUAAUUUGACUGUCUCUCCUAUAGUCCACGAGCUCGAUGCAACAGGGCACCAGCGCACCCCGUCCAGCGCAUCCGGAGGAGAGGAAGCUUCAAAGAUGCCAGCGGCAAUUCCUCCCUCCAGGCAGCCAUCACUAUACGGAGAGGGGGACACGCUCGGGUCUGACGAAUCCACUCUAAAGGCUUCAGACCGCCCGAUGUCUUCGCACGGUGGGGGCUCGAGAAGCCUGAAGCGCUCGGUUGGACUUGGCAGAAUGAAGUCGAUCAGAGAGGUGGCACGGGGUGCGCACGAAGCUAACAAGCGGUUCACCUCGAUGUCACAAAGCGGCGGCAACAAUAACUCGAACUUGAUGCGGCGAAAGAGCACCAAGAUGUUCAACGCCAACAUUGUGCAGAUUCGGCCAGACCAACGAGGUAGCAUGGCGAUGCCAGACCGCAUUCAAGAAACGGGGCUGAAGCGACAGACUACUUUCCGGUGGUUCAAAGGUCAGCUGAUUGGUAAGGGCACGUAUGGUCGGGUGUACCUGGGUAUGAAUGCAACGACGGGAGAGUUCUUGGCGGUCAAGGAAGUUGAGGUGAACGCAAAGGCGGCGGGCGGAGACAAGAGCAAGAUGAAGGAGAUGGUAGCGGCGCUGGACCAAGAGAUUGACACAAUGCAGCACCUCGACCACAUCAACAUUGUGCAGUACUUGGGAUGCGAGCGCAAGGAGACGAGUAUCAGCAUCUUCCUAGAGUACAUCUCGGGUGGCAGCAUCGGGUCGUGUCUACGCAAGCACGGAAGAUUCGAGGAGUCGGUGGUGUCAUCGCUGACGAGGCAGACACUGUCAGGGCUGGCAUAUCUGCACCGCGAAGGUAUUCUCCACCGCGAUCUCAAGGCGGACAACAUCUUGCUGGACCUGGACGGGACGUGCAAGAUUAGCGACUUUGGCAUCUCAAAGAAGACGGAUAACAUCUACGGCAACGACAAGACCAACAACAUGCAGGGCUCCGUGUUCUGGAUGGCACCAGAGGUGAUUCGGUCGCAAGGGGAGGGGUACAGUGCCAAGGUGGACAUUUGGAGUCUUGGGUGCGUGGUGCUGGAGAUGUUUGCGGGCCGUCGACCGUGGAGCAAGGAAGAGGCGGUCGGUGCGAUUUACAAGAUCGCGAACGGAGAGACGCCGCCGAUUCCCGAGGACGUGGAAGAGCUGACUCCUCUGGCGGUGGCGUUUAUGGCAGAUUGCUUCCAAGUGAAUCCUGGGGAGCGACCGACAGCAGAGGUGUUGUUGUCGCAGCAUCCAUUUUGCGAGUGGGAUCCGAGCUACAACUUUUACGACACGGAGGUGUAUUUCAAGAUUAAGGACUCUUACAAGUCGUGA